AUGAGCUCUGUAACACCGCUCAUUUCGCAGCAGCUUGGUUUCGAGCGGUGGAUACUUUUGAGCUACCCCCACCGCGGCUCACGACAUGAUGUCGAGUAUCAAUGUCUUGGAGUCCCCCUUUUGGUCCGAAGAGGUGGGCACACCUGUGGUUCUGUACGUCUGAGUGGUCGAGGAAAAAACGUUGCGAGGGUUUCGGGGAAAUACUCGCCAGCACUUGGUAAGUCGGUUGGCCAGUCAGAAGUAAGCAGCAGAACGAAAGUUCUAACAGAUGCGUACGGUGUUGGGCGCCUCCAACGUACAAUUGGUACCGGGUGGAGGGAGCUCCGCUACAUUGCAAAGAAGCAGAGUAAGCAUUUUGUUAUGUACUGUGUUCCAGUUAUAUAUCAUGUGUAUAUCUUCAUGGUUUUGAGCAGUACAUUUUCCAUAUCAUCUGCUCUUGAGCCUUCUCCUACAUUCCGAAAUCAUCACCAUCGCCAUCAUCAUCACAUACAUAUACUGGUAUUCGCUACUUACAUACAUAAGCUUCGGACGAAACUUUAUAUUUUAUUUUUGGCCAUGUAUCCAACUAUCUCGACCACUACCACAACCGAGGCUUUUUUGGCCGACUUUACGUCCGCUCUUGUGUCCAAUUCCCAUGCAAUAUAUGCCCGGGAUGAAAGAAGCGUGACCGUUGAUGUUAUCACCGUGUCUGCUAGCAUUAUUGGGGUUUUCAUUGCCGUGGUUGGCCUGAUUCAGGGAUACAAGUACUGGAAACAUAAUUGCAACCAUGAUUUACCGUCGGCCGCUCUUCUGGGAGCCAUACAAAACCUUAAUCCUCCACCGAACUCAAUCAUGGUAGAUGCGAAUCAAGUAUUUGGCAUAGCGUAUGCUGCCGUCCUCGUGUUCCUGCACAACGCCUUUGUUGCUGUAGCGCCGUCGUCCUCGCCAACUGCCAUCGGGAAUGAGCCAGAUACGCCGCGCGUGUAUGACCUCGAGGCGGGUGUCGUGGGCCUUCGGCGCAACCAAGAUACUGAGGUGGAGGAGGGGGAAGGUGCUGUUGCUGGUGGUGCUGCGUGUGCUAGUUGA